GCGCUGGCCGCUGCUGGUCCGAUACUCACCCGUCCUCUUUGUUCUAUACCGCAUUGUUUACAUCGCGUCACCAUGCUCGGGUACUUGCGGACCCAGUACGACGCAGCUUGCGAGGUGCUUGAUGAGAUCCGACACGCGCGCUCGGCAGAUCGGCCCCGCGAGGACGGCUAUGAGGCCAUCCCCGAAUCUCCGGAUCAGACAUCCCCAGAACACACGUCCCAUGGAGUAGCCAAGAUGGAGGCUUUGGCCUCCUCUUGGUCCACACGGACCCUCUACACCGGAUACGCCUUGGUCUUCCUCAUCUUCUCCGUCAACUCCCUACAGCAACAAACAACCAGCAGCCUCAACCCCUACGUUUACUCCGCCUUCACCGACCACUCGCUGAUCGCGACCACGAAUGUCCUCACCAGCAUCAUCGGGGGAGUCUCGAAGCUCCCCAUCGCCAAACUGAUAGAUAUAUGGGGGCGCGCGGAAGGAUUCGGGAUAAUGGUGGUGCUGUGCACAUUGGGUCUCGUACUCAUGGCUCUCUGUCGCAACAUCGAAACCUACAUGGCGGCACAGAUUAUAUACUGGGUUGGCUACAACGGCAUGGACUACGUCCUGCACGUCUUCCUCUCCGACACCACCGAACUCGUCAAUCGAGCAUUCGUCUACGGCAUCGCAUCAUUCCCAUAUGUCGCGACCACUUUCGCCGGUCCUGCCGCAGCCCAGGCCUUUUACCAGAAUGGCGCCCUCUGGUGGGGAUUCGGCACUUUUGCCAUCCUGACACCUCUCGUGACUGCGCCGCUGUUCCUCUUGCUCCGGAACACCCGACACACAGCCGAGUCAGCGGGUCUUAUAAACAGCGAGCGGAAGGGUCGCUCGAGGAUGCAUUCUUUCAUCCAUUAUGCGGUGGAGUUUGAUCCGAUCGGCAUGAUAUUGAUCACCGCGGCCUUUGUCCUCAUCCUACUGCCACUGACUCUGGCCACCUCGGGGAACAUGUGGAGCCCAUCUCUAACGGAGCGAUGGAUGGCACCCGACCUCAUCGCGAUGCUCAUCUUGGGGGCGAUAUGCUUCGUCGGCUUCGUCUACUGGGAGCGAAUCGGCGCUCCAGUGUCUUUCAUCCCAUACAGCCGUCUCAGAGACCCAACAUUACUGGGUGCUUGCAUUCUGGCAUGCGCGCUCUUCCUCAGCUUCUACUGCUGGGACCUGUACUUCUCAUCCUACCUCCAAGUCGUGUUCAACACCAACAUCCGCGACACGGGCUACAUCUCCAACAUCUACACCAUCGGAACAUGCCUCAUCUCCCUGCCCGUGGGAAUCCUGAUCCGCCACCUCGGCCGAUUCAAAACGCCCGCCCUCGUCGCAACCCCCCUCUUCUUCUUCGGCACGGCGCUGAUGAUCCCCUUCCGCGCCCCCACCAGCCCAAUCAGCCACGUGAUCCUCUGCGAAAUCAUCAAAGCCAUCGCGGGCGGCACAUUAGUGAUAUGCCAUCAAAUCGCGGGCCUCGCAACAGGCGACCACGAGACGAUCGCGGUCUCCUUCGCGCUGGUGGGGCUGGGGUCGAAAAUCGGCGGGGGAAUCGGGGCGGCCAUCUCCGGCGCGAUCUGGACGAGCACGGUGCCCGUAUACCUGGAACGGUAUCUUCCCGCCGAAAAGAAGUAUCUGGCGGCGGAGCUGUAUGGGUCGAUGGCGCGGGUGUUGGAGUUUCCGAUCGGGACGGUGGAGAGGGAUGCGACGAUUCGGGCGUAUGGGGUGGCGCAGAAACGGAUGUUGGUUGUGGGGUUGGGGGUGUUGCCGUUGGCGAUGGCGGGGGUUUGGAUGUGGAGGGAUGUGAGGUUGGAGAGGGUGAAGCAGGUUAGGGGGAAUGUGUUUUAG